AUGUACUGUGUAGACGUCGGUGGGUGUGGCAGACAUGGAGCGAGUCUUGCCUGUCCUGGAGGGCUCUGCAGCUUCCUUCACGGCUGGCCGCUUUCCGCCAUUGGUCUCGACAGCAUCUUCCGCUUUCUGAUAGCGCGCGUGUGUGCAGCACUCUCUUUGAGCCCGCCAGGUGAAUCACAGACGGCGCCAGAGCCAACAAGAUUCAAAGCCCUGGCCGGGUGUCAACAUGUUAGCCGUCGCUCUACCGCAGCCGCCGACGACAAGACGGCUGGCAGUGAGCGUCGUCGGCUUAGCUUCACCCACAUCUCGUCCUCCUUAGCGCCAGAUCCGGUGCAGCCAGCCUCCACGAUUGCCGAUCCGAGCGCUCGACCACGUCUCCAUCGCUAUGGGACCGCUGCAUGGCCUGCAACUCUCUCGGAAAUGCCACCAAUAACUAAAGCCAGCCCAUGGCCGCCCACUCGGAGGCAUCGUGUGCAACCCCAUGGGCCAUGCUUCUGCGCGUCCCAGCUGCCAUUGGCUCCCGAAAAAGCAAAGAGUCGCUUACCGUACCGUACCGGUACUCAAAGGAUCGGAAAAAGCCAUCUGGAACCCACUGCCUCAUCUACACUUGUCUGUGCAGCUUUUCCAUCCUUCAUUCACCGGCUGCCCCUGUUCAAUCUCGAGGACUGCUCAUGCCUUGCCCCUACCCGCAAUGAAAUGAGACGUAAUCGGUGCCCCCAAAUGUCAACCGUCAGCCAGCAUCGUCGGGACGUGAAACGCUCCGGCGUCAUGCUGUGUGUCUUUUUUCUACGGCUUCUUUCCCCCGGACGUUGCUACGUGCAUCUAUCAUUGGAACAAGGGAGCGCGUUCAAGAAACCCUGCCAUAUGGCUUGCCCUGGUUGGAAUCAGUGGCGGUCCACCUCUGUGCGUCACGACACUAUCGAAAAGAUAUUAUUCAAGGCAACGAUUCAGAAAACCGAUGCGAAGCAUGCCAGUUGCCUGUCUCGAAGCCAUGUGUUGCAAGUUGCUCACAAGCUCAGCCAUCAAAGCAUACCGACCAUCGUCCUUUGGCCUUGUCCCGCUCCAGCUGCCGAAUCUGUACUCUUGACAGGCGUGGUCCAGAGUGCAUGCAUGGGUAUCCCUGAUGCAUCGGGACUCGACUACAGCCACAAAGUGAGAUGUCGCAUCUUCGUUGAUUUCUGGGAUCGUCUACCAUGCUUUUUUUAG